AUGAAGAUGCUUGUAAUGACUCUGCUGCUCAUCACCAUCUGUAGCCUUGAAGGGGCUUUGGUUCGGAGACAGGCAGAGGAGCAGAGUCUGCAGAGCCUGUUCACUCAGUACGUCCAGACCAUGACCGACUAUGGCAAGGACCUGGUGGAGAAAGCCAAGGGCCCAGAGCUUCACGCCCAGGCCAAAGCUUACUUUGAUGAGCAGCUGACACCCCUGGUCAAGAAGGCUGGAACUGAUCUGAUGAACUUCUUGAGUAACAUCGUGAACCUCAAAAAACAGAGCCUGCCACCCAGUGAGGUGCGGGAUCAGUGA